AUGGUUAACGUCAAGGAGGCUGCCCCUGAAAGCGAAGGUAUGUUGUCUGCUUAUAGUGAAAAGACUUCAAUUAGAAGAUCCAGAUUGCAGUAUUCGGCUCUUCUAGAAAGGCUUCAGGACCGAGCUUUCUUGAAACACCCAGAAGCUUAUGGACCGUGUAAGCCUACUCUUUUCAACCAGGUUUUGGAAAGUGAUGGCGAAACAGCUAACAGGACUAGUGAUAGCGGGAAUGCUCUUCCAUUCCAUAGUCCUUUCGACUAUUUCGUUCAUAUGGAACGAGCUAAUUUUGGCCAAGUGGCGGACUCGUCGGCCAUGAGGCAAUGA